AUUCUGUUUCACCUUCCUCCGUAAGGCAUUUGCAGUAUCAUCCUCCAUACUAGGAAUAAUGCCGAUGAAAGCAGAAGCACAAGCAAGGGUUUCAGGGAGGCAUAGAUUGACGCCACACCUACCGUGCGAUCCCGACUAUGAGCCCUUAAGGGAGCUCUUCAGCCAUCAUAUUCAUUCAUUCGAUCACUUGGUCGAGUAUGGUUUAGAGAAGGCACUCAUGAACAUAAAGCCCGUCGAGGUCGUCGAUCCUAACACCAAGUUGAAGCUAAGAAUCUGGUUUGAAAAACCUGAGCUAUAUCCACCGCAAAAGGAGCGUGGAACAUUUCGUGAAGCUCUCUCUCCGUAUGAGUGUAGACAGGCUAAAAUUUCAUAUACUGGUAAAUUUUUGGUGGAUGUCUGCUUCAAAUAUGGCGAUGGUCCUGGUGGAGCUGUUAUAAGAGAAAAAAUCAAUUUUGGGCAGUUUCCUAUUAUGUUGAAGUCUAAACUUUGUCACCUCAGAGAUGCUGAUCAUCAAAAGCUGGUGGCUUGUAAAGAAGAACCAUCAGAAAUGGGUGGGUACUUCAUAUUAAACGGGCUUGAGAGGGUUGUCCGAUUAUUAAAUGUGCCAAAGAGAAACUAUCCAACUAGCAUGGCCAGAAGUGCAUUUCGCAAUCGACGAGAAGGAUUUACCGAUAAAGCUGUGGUGAUAAGAUGUGUUAGAGAAGAUCAAUCGGCUGUAACCCUCAAUUUAUAUUACCUUAGCAAUGGGAGUGCAAGGGUUGGAUUUCGGAUACGAGGGAGGGAGAAUUUGUUACCUAUAGGACUUGUUUUGAAGGCACUUAUUGAUGCUACUGAUCAUGAAAUUUUCAUGAGUUUGAUAUCCGUGUACAAUGAUAAAUAUGAGAAAGCAAAAGGUUCUGUUGGCACUCAGAUUUUGAGUGAAAGGGCAAAAAUCAUUCUUAAUGAAGUUAGAGAUCUGUCUCUUUUUACUCGCAUUCAGUGCCUGCAUUACAUUGGAGAGUACUUUAAACCUUUCAUGGAUGGCAUGGAAAACGAAAGUCACUCUGCUGUUGCUGAUGCCGUUUUAAGAGAAUUCAUAUUGGUCCAUCUUGAUAACAAUCAUGAUAAAUUUAAUCUGCUGAUCUUCAUGGUGCAGAAGCUUUUUUCUUUUAUUGAUCAAACCUCUGUACCAGACAACCCUGAUUCAUUGCAAACUCAGGAAGUUCUGCUGCCAGGUCACUUGAUUACAAUAUAUGUUAAGGAAAAAUUGCAGGAAUGGCUGCUAAAAACUAAAAGACAGCUUCAAGAGGAAACUAAAAAUAGAAAGAAAAACUUUGAGUUCGGCAGCUUAGCUGAUGUGAAGAAGGCACUGGAUAAAAAUCCUGCAAAACAGGUUGGUCUAUCUGUUGAAAAUAUGCUAAAGACUGGAAGAUUGGUUACACAGUCGACUCUUGAUCUGAAAGAGAAAGCUGGUAUGACGGUUCAGGCAGAGAGGCUCAAUUUUCUACGUUUUGUGUCACAUUUUAGAGCUGUUCAUAGAGGUUCAUCACUUGCAGGGCUCCGCACCACAAGUGUGCGUAAGUUGUUGCCAGAAUCCUGGGGAUUCAUAUGCCCUGUUCACACGCCAGAUGGGUCUCCAUGUGGACUGCUAAACCAUAUGACAGCUUCAUGUCGUAUCACCUCAUAUUAUGAUUCAGAAGGGAUAAUUAGAGAUUUCUCAAAAAUACAGAAGUCUAUUCUGAGUGUUCUGGUUGGGGCUGGUAUGAUCCCUGCAUUACCAAAACUUGUAAAAGCUGGUCCUCCAGAAGUUCUUCAUGUUUUACUUGAUGGCCGUGUUGUUGGUGCUAUACCCACUGAUAGAGUGGAGAAAGCUGUCAGCCACUUACGAAAAUUAAAGCUAUCAGCGACUUCAGCGAUCCCUGAAGAUCUGGAGGUGGGAUAUGUACCUAUUAGCAUGGGGGGAGCAUUCCCUGGUCUGUACCUGUUCACAAGUCCUUCACGAUUUGUUCGACCAGUUAGACAGAAAUUUCUACCUCCUGAAGGAAACAACAAUAUUGAAUUGAUUGGGCCAUUUGAACAGGUUUAUAUGGAAAUAGAGUGUGCGGAUGGAGGAAAUGGUGGAAGGUUAAAUGAGUUUCCUGCCACUCAUGAAGAAAUUCAUCCAACAGGAAUACUUAGCGUUGUUGGUAAUCUUACCCCAUGGUCUGAUCAUAAUCAGAGUCCAAGAAAUAUGUACCAGUGUCAGAUGGCAAAACAGACAAUGGGCUUCUCUUCACAAGGGAUCAAUUGUCGCGCAGAUCAAAAGCUGUAUCACCUUCAGACUCCUCAAACCCCAAUCGUCCGUACUGCUACAUAUGAAAAAUACAGGAUCGAUGACUCUCCAUUAGGGACAAAUGCCAUUGUUGCAGUUCUGGCUUAUUCAGGAUAUGAUAUGGAAGAUGCCAUGGUGUUAAACAAGUCAUCUGUUGAUCGUGGUUUUGCUCAUGGGUACAUUUACCAGACUGAGUCUAUUGAUUUUGCUGAUGAGAAGAUCAAAUCUGAUCGUGGUCAGAGAGUAUUUAGAAGAAACUAUACAAAAACGGAAACACAUUCAUUCAUCGAUUCAGAUGGGCUCCCGUAUAUUGGGCAGAUGAUAAAACCAGGCGAGCCAUAUUAUAGCACGUAUAAUGAAGUGACGAGUAAGGCAUCCGAUGCAAGGUUGAAGGGCUCGGAGCCUGCUAUAGUUGAUUAUGUUGCAGUGGAUGUGAAAAACAAAAAGCAGUUACAAAAGGCAAACAUACGUUUACGUCGUGGCAGAAAGCCUGUAAUUGGUGACAAGUUUAGCAGUAGACAUGGGCAGAAAGGUGUAUGCUCUCAACUCUGGCCAGAUGUUGAUAUGCCGUUUUCAGCAGUUACCGGAAUGCGACCAGAUCUUAUUAUCAAUCCGCAUGCUUUUCCUUCAAGAAUGACAAUUGCUAUGCUUUUAGAAUCAAUUGCUGCAAAGGGAGGUUCUUUGCAUGGGAAUUUUGUGAAUGCAACACCUUUCUCUAGCUCGGUUAAGAAACCGGAUGGAACCCCAGAAAAUGAAAGUGAUUCACUUGUUGAUGAACUUGGUUCUUUGUUAACUGCUCGUGGGUUUAAUCACUACGGUGUGGAAGUUUUAUACAGUGGAGUCUACGGAACGGAAUUAACAUGUGAGAUCUUCAUUGGUCCGGUUUAUUAUCAAAGACUUCGGCAUAUGGUUUCUGACAAAUUUCAGGUUAGAUCAACGGGAACAGUAGAUCAAGUUACACGACAGCCUAUAAAAGGAAGAAAGAAGGGAGGCGGUAUUCGUUUUGGGGAGAUGGAACGUGACUCCCUUCUUGCACACGGGGCUGCAUAUUUAUUGCAUGAUAGGCUUCACUCGAGUUCAGAUCAUCACAUAGCCGAUAUCUGCUCCAUUUGUGGAAGCAUUCUCACGACGACACUAAUUGAACGUCAGAAAAAAACAAUGAGGGAGACCAAAGGUUUACCCCCUGCAAGGGAACCCAAAAAAGUUACGUGCGUUUCUUGCCAAACAAGCAAAGGUAUGGAAACCGUCGCUAUGCCAUACGUUUUUAGGUAUUUGGCUGCGGAAUUAGCGGCCAUGAACAUACGAAUGACACUCCAACUAAGUAAUGGAGCAGGUGCUUGAAAACCAAUUUCAUGCGGCCUACCGUUUGAUCCCAAUUUUGAAAUGUUGUUAAGAUGUUGAUCUUAUGUGCACCAAUCGUGAAGCGACAUCUAGGCGUAAAUUUUUCUGAUGUAGAAGGUAAGAGUAUGUGAACCAGAAUGUUUAUAGUGUUAUUGUGUAUGAUCGAUUCUUACUU